UCAGACUGCAGGCCGCAGGCGCAGUAGAGAAACGUCCGUAACCAUGACUACAGCGUUCGCAUCGCAGCUGCUGCUCGCACUGGUAGCCUUCUCAGCAGGGCGCGCGGCGUCUGCGCAGUUCAAGUGCCCCGAGAAGACGGGCUAUUUCCCGGAUCCCGUGCAGUGUGACCUGUACUACAAGUGCAAGCAGGGAGAGGCCGAGGAGAAGCUGUGUCCUGAUGGCCUAGUGUUCGACGAUUCAAACCCGAGCCAGGCUCGCUGCGACAUCCCGGCCAAUGUGGAGUGUGGAGACAGGAGCGAGUUGCAGGACCCGCAGCCCAGCGAGGGCUGUCCACGUGCCAACGGAUACUUCCGGCACUCGGACGCGCAGGUGUGCGACAAGUUCUUCAACUGCGUGGACGGAGUGCCCAACGUUCUGCCCUGCCCACCGGGUCUCAUCUAUGACGACACUCGCAGUACGUGCGCGUGGCCCUCCGAGAGCAGGAGGACUGACUGCGUGCACAGCAAGAGAGAAUCCUUGGACGACGGCUUCUCGUGCCCUGAGGGCGAGGUGAUCGGCCCCAACGGGCGGGCGCUGCCCCACCCCACGUUCCCUCACCCCGACGACUGCCAGAAAUUCUACAUAUGUCGCAACGGGGUGAUGCCCCAGCGGGGCAGCUGUCCCUCUGGGACCGUGUACAACGAGGUCUCCUUCAAGUGCGACGAACCGGAGAACGUGCCCGGGUGCGAAAAGUGGUACGAAGAUGAGGGGAAAAGAAGCAGAAAAUAGGAAUAUGUGGUGACAUCAGAAGAACACUUCGCAUCCUUAUCAGCUGAGGUGCAAUUGUUGUGAGAGCGUCAAGUGGUGGAACUGAGAGUGAACUCAAAAACCAGACUGAUAAAUCAGCAGCAGAGGUGUCCCCUCCCACAUUUAGAACGAGUGAUCUGAUAUUGGCCAAACAGACUGAUGAGUUCACAGGAAACUGAGGUUGAAACAUGGCGUGAUUGGGAGACACACACAUAGACCAGGGAAAGAAUGGACACAGAUGAUGGACUGGGGCUCCUGAAGGUAGCCACCUCCCUCCCCACCUCCCCCACCUCCCCUCCUUGAGCACCAAUAACAAACCGAUGAGAGAGCAGCUUGUAAAGGGAAUGAGGCCAGAAUAGACGGGAGAGGGAAAGUGUGUGUCCAUUGUUUCUCUGACCGAACUUUACUUAUUUUGUCCCCCUGCUGGGUAUAUGUUAAAAUUUUACAAAAGUGUGGAAAAAGAUUCUAUGCAGAGUUCCCCGUUACUCGCCGAUGCUUUUAUUAAAAUAAACUAUGCUGAAAUAAU